AUGGCUGUGCCUCCGCCGGCUGAUCCCAUCGAUCCUGGACGCGGAUGGGCCUUGCGGCUCAAAUGGAACCCCUUCUGUUUCGAUGGAGGUCAUCCUUGCCUCGGACGCCUUGACAGCCCGUGCGCCUGCGGACCUGCCGGCGGCGCCCUCCCGGCUGUGGACGCCGAGUCGCAACAAUGCAACUUUUGCGACUUUCCCAUUCUGCAGACUCUCUACGGCGACCGGCAGGACGGCGUCCUGACCCACUUGCUCCUGGCUCUCGACGACCCUGGCCGGCGGGCGGCGCUGGCGCGCAUCGAGGACGCUGUGGGCGUUGCCGCCCGCUCCGACAUGGAGGCGCGCUGCGCGCGGGCCUGGCGCCGCCGGGACCCGGCGCGCCCGCGGCGUGGGCCUCACGGACCGUAUCACCGCGGCGUGGACUAG